AUAUCCUCGCCGGCGACCAAAUCAUGACCUCCCUCACACAGACAAACUUCAUCGGUCUCCGACGAGUCUCACCGGAAAAACAUUCCUUUUCCGGCGUUACCUCAAAACCCUCAUUCACUUCUCGGAGGUUCAGCGUCGUCGCCGGAAAGUUCAGUAAUAAGUUAGCCGGGAGGAAUCUGCGCGUGGCCAUUGUCGGCAGCGGACCUGCCGGAGGAUGUGCGGCGGAAACGUUGGCUAAGGGUGGGAUUGAGACAUUUUUAAUCGAAAGGAAGAUGGAUAAUAGUAAACCUUGCGGCGGCGCUAUUCCUUUGUGUAUGGUCGGAGAAUUUGAUUUGCCGUUGGAUAUCAUCGAUCGACGUGUUACCAAGAUGAAGAUGAUUUCACCUUCUAAUUUGGCGGUGGAUAUUGGACAGACAUUGAAGCCACACGAGUACAUCGGAAUGAUACGCCGUGAAGUACUAGAUCAAUUCCUAAGAGAACGUGCUUCCGCCGCAGGCGCUGCCAUAAUCAACGGUUUAUUCAUGAAAAUGGAUAUCCCAAAACAACCCAAUGCUCCUUAUAUCCUCCACUACACUUCUUACGAUUCCAAAACCGGCGGCGCCGGCGAGAAGAAAACGCUCGAAGUCGACGCUGUAAUCGGCGCCGACGGAGCGAAUUCUCGUGUGGCUAAAGCCAUUGGAGCUGGCGAUUAUGAAUAUGCAAUUGCAUUUCAAGAGAGAAUAAAGAUUCCUGAUGAUAAAAUGAAGUAUUAUGAGAAUCUUGCUGAAAUGUAUGUCGGUGAAGAUGUUUCGCCGGAUUUCUACGGUUGGGUUUUUCCGAAAUGUGAUCAUGUGGCGGUUGGAACUGGUACGGUGACCCAUAAAUCGGAUAUUAAGAAAUUUCAGGUUGCGACCCGGCUACGUGCCCGGGAUAAGAUCUUAGGUGGGAAGAUUAUUCGGGUCGAAGCUCAUCCUAUUCCGGAGCACCCGCGCCCGAAGAGGGUUUCAGAUAGGGUGGCACUAGUGGGCGAUGCAGCAGGGUACGUGACGAAAUGCUCGGGCGAGGGGAUAUAUUUUGCGGCAAAGAGUGGGAGGAUGUGCGCGGAGGCUAUUGUGGAGGGAUCUGAGAACGGUAAAAAGAUGAUUGGGGAAGAGGAUUUGAGGAACUAUUUGAAGAAAUGGGACAAGAAAUAUUGGCCAACUUAUAAGGUAUUGGAUGUUUUACAAAAGGUAUUUUACAGGUCGAAUCCGGCUAAGGAAGCUUUCGUAGAGAUGUGCGGCUACGAGUAUGUGCAGAAGAUGACUUUCGAUAGUUAUCUUUAUAAGACGGUUGCGCCGGGGAAUCCUAUUGAGGAUUUUAAGUUGGCGAUGAACACUUUUGGUUGUCUUUUUAGAUCUAAUGCAUUGAGGAAAGAAAUGGAUAAGCUUAGUGCUCAUGUAUAAUAAUAAUAAUCCAAGCUAGCUACAAUCAUAAUGUUUAUGUUAAAUGGAGUAUUGUCGGAUCUAUCCUAUGUUUAUCUUUCAAUAAAUUGGCCUGCUUCUAUAAAUGUUUUGUUGGUUUGAUU